AUGUCAGCCUUGCAACAUAAAAGAUCGGGUUCUGCCAAUACUACUCAACAGGUGAAUAGAAACAUAAUAGCCUCACACUAUCAAAUUGCACAAAAAAUAGGCGAAGGCUCUUUCGGUAUCAUCUUCAAGGGCUAUGAUUUGCUGAGAGAUAACCAACCGGUGGCGAUAAAGUUUGAGAGCCGAAAGUCUGAGGCCCCGCAGCUUAAGGACGAGUUCAAAGCGUACAAGAUUCUUAACAGUGCCAUAAACAAUUACCUGCGCGAUGGACCUGAGAACGACAACCAUCACUAUCUUUCAAUUGAGGGUAUUCCGAAGGUGUACUAUUUUGGUCAAGAAGGUUAUUACAACAUACUCAUAAUACAACUACUCGGACCCUCGCUGGAAGACUUGUUCGAGUGGUGUGGUAGAAGAUUCAGCGUCAAAACGGUGGCACAGGUGGCCAAGCAGAUGAUUCAACGAAUUCAAUUUGUUCAUGAGAAUGAUCUCAUUUAUCGCGACGUCAAACCCGACAAUUUUCUUAUUGGCGCAACCUCUGACGACAAUCUGAUAUAUUUGGUGGACUUUGGAAUGAUCAAGCAAUACAGAAAUCCUGUCACCAAACAGCAUAUACCGUAUAGAGAACGGAAGUCGCUAAGCGGCACUGCACGGUACAUGUCUAUCAACACGCAUCUGGGAAGAGAACAAUCGAGACGAGACGAUUUGGAAUCUCUUGGUCAUGUUUUUCUGUAUUUUUUGAAAGGGGAGCUCCCGUGGCAAGGGCUCAAGGCACCUACGAACAAGAUGAAGUAUGAAAAGAUCGGGGAGAAAAAGCAGGCCACUUCAAUUCAGCAGCUCUGUCAUAAACUACCGAAAUCGUUCGCAGACUACCUCACAUAUGCUCGCAACCUGCGCUUCGAAGAAGAGCCUAAUUACGAGUAUCUCAUAUCGUUGAUGGAUGCCGCGCUAGAGGACAUCGGCGAGGUGGACGAUGGCUAUUACGACUGGAUGAAGCUGAACGAUGGGAAAGGCUGGGAUUGGAAUAAAAACAGGAAAACUAAUCUCAAUGGAUACGGGUCUAACAAUCACCAUGCUAGCAGACAACACAAGUCAAAUAAGGCUUUCGCUCCAACGCGGCGCGUUUCACAGCAUACGAAAAGCGAUCCACACGAGAGUCAACCACGGUCGAAAGUGGAUGAGAACACUCGGCUUCUUCUGGGAGCUGCUAACGGCCAUUACGACUCCUCAGGAGAUCCGUAUCAGCAGGACACAGAAGAGAUUCCGGAAGGAAUUUUUGGCUUUUUCAAGAGCGUGUUCUGUUGUUGUCUGUAG